CUCUGUCUGAAUGCGACUUUCCCGCUGUUCCCCCAUUUCUCUCUCUGUCUCAUCCUCUCACAUUCUCUCAAUUAUCGAGGCUUCAUUGAUUCACGAGAGACAAAAACUAAUUGAAUAUAGUUUUUACCUCUCUUGAUCGGUUCAUUGCGUAAAGCUCGUCUCCUGUUUCUAUUCUGUUCUGUUCCUUGUUUCAGACUCUGUCUUUUUAUUUUGAUUCAGAAUUGGCUCUGUUCGUCGGCUUUGUCUGUGUGAUAAAGUCUUUAUCUUUUCUUCUCUUAAAAGACAAUUCAGUGAUAUACUUUCCGAAGUUCACUCUCUCUUGUCGGAUUCAUAAGAUCGGAAGCUUCAUCGCGGUUUCAACUACUCAAUUUUCGAGCCUCUCUUAAAUUUUCUUUCACCGGAGAGAUCCAAUCGCCAGGAGAAUGGGAGGCUUAUUACAUCUCUUCGACUUCCACAACAACAGUUUCUCUCGGAGAGUUUUCUCUCAUCACAAAAGCCGCGAUGAAGAUCUGGAAGCUCCUAGGAAUAGUUUUGAGUUUCAAGUUGACAAUGUUCAGACACACCAUAACGAGAACAAUAAACCGGGAUAUGGAUUCGAGGAAGAUGAAUGGUAUGAGCGAAGCUGUUACCCUAUUGAGGAAUCAAUGAAGAAGAAGAUCAUCGAAGAGCUUUCAAAGCGUUCCAACGAUAAACAUAACUCGCCAAGUCUUGUAGCUAAGCUUAUGGGAAUGGAAGCCCUUCCUUUGGAGUCAGCUAAAUCAACGGCUUGGAUUAAUCCCCGUCAAACUACUAGAGUGGAUCAAUCUCAUGAGAAAGGAGGGAAAAGAAACAAAAAGGAGAAGAGAUUAACUUCAUCAUCAGUGAGUGUCAUGGAGAUUGAGGAGAUUACUAAUCGACCAAUGCGUAGAGAACAUCCUCAAGAAGAAGAGCUUCAAAGAUUCAGAAGAGAGUUUGAAGCAUGGCAAGCUGAUAGAAGGUCUAAAGAUUGUUCAAGAAUCAUCGAUUCUGGCUCCUUGGCGGUGGCUCGGGACGAGAAAGAGAGGCUUUUCACAAGAACUAGAAGCUUCGGUCGAGAUUUCAACUUGAAAUCAGACAAAACCGGUCCAACUAGGAUUGUGGUUUUAAGACCUGGUCUUCAUAGAGUGUAUGAUUACGAAGAUUCGUUAACUACUUCCUCAGGGACAACCAUGGAAGGAAGCAGCAUAGAAGAGUUUCUCGAGGAAGUGAAGGAGAGGUUAAAAGGUGAGCUUCAAGGAAGAGCUGCUCUCAAGAGAAGUUCAUCAGUAAGAGGAAGCGGGAUCGAAACUCCUUUCAGCGAAAGACCUUUUCCGAGGUCUGAAUCGAUGAGAUCAUAUACGGAGAGUGAGGUUCAGUACAAUGCGCCAGACUCUCCUCAAGAGUUUAUUAGUAGAGAUACAAGAAGACUCUUGGCAGAGAAAGUACGCAAUGUUUUGCGUAAAGAGAUGAGUCCUUCAGACGUUAGCAGUAGCCGUUUGCGACCUACUGUAUCGGACGCAGAGAGCUUGCAGAAACAUACCGAUGACAUCGAAGAAGACACGAGGAGAAACAGAAAUGCUCAUAAGAAGGAGCCUUCAUCACCAAGAAACCUCAAAAGAUCACUCUCUGCUCCUGUCUCAGGGACAUCAUUUGGUAAGCUUCUGUUAGAGGACCGACAUGUUUUGACAGGCGCGCAGAUCAUGAGAAAACACGAGGCUGUAAUAACAGAGGGAGAAGAAACAGAACCAGUUGUUGUGGAUCCAAUCAGGAGGAAAGAAAGAUUCAAUCUCAGGAAGAAAGUCUCCAGUUUCAGAUCAUCUCUUAGAGGAAGAAUCUUUGGUAAGAAGAUACGUUCAAUGAUCGAAUCCAACAGCUUUGAAGAUGAAUCAAUCAAAGACUUUGUGACGGGUUCGAGGUUUAACAGCUUUUAUGAUCGAAAUGAGAAUUCAACAGAAGUGCCUCCAAGUCCUGCAUCAGUCUGCAGCAGUACACCAGAAGAGUUUUGGAGAAAUGUCGAUUAUCUCAGCCAAGUUUCGACGCCCGAUGUGACUGUAUCUGAUGAGAAUGGCAUGCCUCAAGUGUUCAGAGACAUCAGUUCCAAUCUUAGUGAACUAAGAAGGCAAAUAAAUGAGCUUGACUCAGAUAUACAAGUGCCAACCUCUGUGGAGGAAGAAGCUGCUCGAGAGAUUGAGAUCACCGUUGAUUUAGGAAAUCCAGAUAAGACCUUUGUUAGAGAUCUUCUUAUGGCUUCUGGUUUGUAUGAAGGGACAACAAAUAGAUCACUGUCUAUAUGGGAUCCAUUUACAAAGCCUAUAAACAAGUCUCUUCUUGAAGAAACUAAAGAGAAUCUUAAGAAGAGACGCAAUCAGAAUCAAGAAGAAGAAGAUAUUGAAGAUAAUCACAACAUACUGUUUGAUCUUCUGAACGAAGUACUUACGGUGGUGCUUGGACCAGUGAAAAAGUCAGGUUUCAAGAAGAAACUUUGGAACUUGUGUGUGUCUGAACCAACGGCUAUACGAGGUAAAUAUCUGUUGGAAUCAGUUUGGAGGAUCAUGUCGGAGUAUUUGUAUUCUCAGCCAGAGAAACCCUUUUGUUCAUUGGAUGGGAUCAUUGGUUGGGACUUGGAGAGGUGUCCAUGGAGUUGUUUGAUUAGUGAAGAAGCUACUGUAUUGGGGAGAGAAGUUGAAGGUAUGAUCAUGUCUGAUCUUGUUGAGGAAGUUGUUAAAGAUCUAAGGUCACAAAUGGUUUAAAGAUAAUAAGAGUUGAGAUGCUGAAGCAGAACUGAUUGAUUUGGUUUGGUUAUGUGAAUGGGGUUUUUUUGUGUGUGUUUUCUGUAAAUAAGGUUAUUUUUAAUGGAGUGUUUUUUCUUGAAGAAAGGAUUUCCGUGGUAACGUACCUGUAAAUGUUUACUGGCAGUACAGGGAAGAAGCUCUCUUCUCAUUGCUAAAACUACUACUUUACUAAUACUAAAAUGAG